AUGUCCCUUCUCAGGUGGUUUCUGCGUUGCACUCCUGGGCUGUCAGUACUCUGCCUCCUCAUUUUGCUCGAAGCUGCAUUGAGGAUCGUCGAGACGGAAUGGCUUAGCUUCUUCUAUCCUCCUUUUCUCAACCACAUCGCAAGUCCUGUCGUGGCGCAGACUCUCUUCAUCUCAUACUCGGUCUUCCUGCACGUUGUGGCCUUCCUCUUUCCUCUGCGACUGUGUGCCUCGGCCUACGCGGCCACCCGAGAUAUCAAAGCAGCACACGGUUUGUCGAAGCCCACUACCGCCAAUAAUGCGACGGUCGACGCUCUCCGCCAUGAUCCCGACCUCCAGCCGAGUGCACUUAAAAAGUCAGACUCGGUAACAUUCGCGGUGGUCUUGCCCAGCUACAAAGAGGAGUUUGAAAUACUAGACAGUUCUCUCAGAGUCCUGGCAAGCCAUGCACUCGCCCGAUCCUCAUACGAUGCAAGACGAACCCUGAGAACCAUUACGUGGCAUCAGUGA